UGCGGUGGCAGGUAGGGCAGCUGCGGGGGGGCGGCGGCGGGGCCGGGCGCUCCCCUCUCCUCCCUUCCCCUCCCUUCCCCUCCCUUCAGCAGCGGGAGGGAUCGGCGGGGCGAUCCCGACGGCGGAGGACGGUCCGUUCCACCCGCACCCGCGGAGAAUGGCCGGCAGAGGCGCCGGCUGCGGCCUGCAGCCGCCGGCCAUAGCGCAGCCGCCCGCCGGCGGUCACCUGUACCCCAUGGAGGGCGAGGGGCCGGAGGAGGAGGGCGAGGGGCCGGAGCUGCGGCCGCGGGGCAGGGAGAAGGUGCGGCGGAGCGCGUCGAGGGACAGGCUGGAUGACAUCGUGCUGCUGGCGAGGGAUAUCCGGGAGGGGGACACGCUGAACGCCAUCGCGCUGCAGUACUGCUGCUCGGUGGCAGAUAUCAAGAGAGUUAACAAUCUUAUCAAUGAUCAAGAUUUUUUUGCCCUGAGGUCUAUCAAAAUUCCGGUGAAAAAGUUCAGUGUAUUGACAGAAACACACGUCUCUCCAAAAGGAAGACCAGUCCUUCGGCCUGCUCAGUGCUCCCCAGAAGUGCAGGAGAUGUCACCAUCUGAUAAAUUCUCUGCUAAUGAGACUGCUGGCAACUUCUUAAAAGAAGUGGAUCGAGAUAUAGAAGAAAUAGUGAAGUGUAAUGAUACAAAGCGAGAGAAUCUUAAUGAAGUUGUUUCUGCCUUAGCAGCCCAACAGGUCUGUUUUGAAACUGAUGGUAAAACUAAAAAAUGCAAGGAUCCUUACUAUGGAGCAGAUUGGGGUAUAGGAUGGUGGACAGCUGUAGUGAUUAUGUUGAUUAUUGGCAUAGUAACUCCAGUUUUUUAUCUCCUGUAUUAUGAAGUUCUAGUGAAAGCAGAUGUCAGUCACCAUUCUACAACGGAAUCUUCCUAUUUGCCACAGCAGCAUCAAAUCAGAAACAAAGACAAAAUGGAAUAAAUCCAGCAAAUAGUAUAAAUGUUGAUAAUCAAGAUCUUCAGCCUUAACAACGGAAAAACCCCAGGCAACUGUUACUCAUAGACAUGUAACAUAGCAUUAGAUAAAGGGGAAACCACAGAAUGCAAAAUGCAUCUGGAACCCAGAGAAAAUGCGUACUGAUGUGUGACUUGCCUUUAUGGGCAGUGUUCCAGUACAGGGAUAGUUCUGUGGAUCAUGUAAUCUCUGAAUAUUUCAAUGCAAGAUUGGGAUAUAAAUUAAGGUAUAAAAUUGUUUCUGAAGCUUUGCACUUUUUUCUAUUUUGAUAGGCAUAUGUUUUUUAAUUAAUGAGUUGAAAAUACGUAGUUUGAACUAACACAUGAGGAGCCUCACUUUAUGUUUUACAGCCCUAAAAUGGGCUUUUGGGGAUAUAACUUUUAAACAUCUUAAAGUAUUUAUAGAAUGCAUAGUACACUUGACAUUUUGAUAUCAGGUUUACAGUUGUCAAUUAAAACUGCGUUCUCAUAAUUUUAUCUUUCUUAUAGAGUAAGAUAUUUUUUUUAAAAACCCAAUCAUUCCAUAAUCAAUUGCCACUAUGAAGUUCUUUUAAAAAAGUGACUUCUGUAGAGGCAGUAGCUAAUACUUAAGCUGGAAUCUUCAGAUCUUGUGCCUGUGUUCAACACCUGUGUUCAACCCAUUCUUUAGUACUUUUCAGUAUAGGCAGUUGGGUAAUUGGUUUUCUGUUAGGUGAUACUGUGCCUCAUCAUGGUCCAGUUGAGAGUCUUGUUGAAACUUCACAUCCUUCCAUGGUAUCCUACUGAAAACUAACAGGGCUGGACUGCACUUCUCUGGUCAGCUGUCUGUAGAACAAAAGAAGCGCAGAUGUGUGGCACCUUGCUGUGACUGCUUCAGUAGCAUUUAUUUUAUGCUAUUGGAUUUUCCCCUCCAAUUAAUCUCUGUUCAGGACCAACAGAUCCUUCAGACAGCAGUCAUGUGGGUCCUGAGUGUGCUAGUGGUCAUGUACCCAUGAACCUCAAACACUAACUUUUUUGUGAAAUCUCCUAGAAAAGUUCAAAUGAGAUUCAAUGGCUGCUAGCAAGAACCUCAAAAUUGCAGCAGAAUAGACCAGUUGCAGCUUCAGA